AAACAACAUAUGCUAGCGGAGAAAAUAGUGGCACAAGACGAACUCAAGUCAAGCCCAAGGAAGUAGCCGAACAUAAGAGAUGGGCUUAAAAAUGCCGAUGGAUCUAUCACGUCUUUCGUCGUCUUCCUCCGACAGCUCCCGGUUCUCUGCAGUCAGCUCAUCGCCUUCGUCGAAAGGCUCCGCCGCAGUCGUUCUCUCGAUCGAAUGCUUAAAGGGGAGCUCCAAAGCCGACGAGUGGACCGGCGACAUGCUUCAGACCGGCGACAUAGUCGAGGAGCUCAGAAUCGGGAACAUGAUUGUCAAAUCUCCGUUCAGGAACGGAAAAUCCGGCGUACAGAAAGUCCUCCACUCCUCGUACAAGCAGAAGGAGACGUCGAUCCGUGUCCGGGUUCGGCGCGUAGGCGCCGAAGAGGACGAGUUCGCCGAGCUGCAGGCGUGCUUAGUCCCCGGCGACCAGCUUGUCGGGAGGAAGCAGUACGUCCUCCGGGCGAUUGACGAUCCGAACUACGCCGUCGGAUUCGUUGAUCGGACGGAGAGGGACUGCUUGAAUUUGCAAGCUUCUAGAACCUCAAGGAUGGUGAGUGCACUCGAGAAAGCUCCGCUCGAAGAUGGUUACGUAUCGUACCCAUGGGAGCAUAGAAUGCACGAGAUGCUCUCGGUUCCGAAUUCAAGCACAUUCUAUUCCAUACUCUUGUUGCCAAAAGCGGUCGACAAAGCCGGGUCCCGCUACAACGACCUUGAGGACACCCUGGCUCGGGCCCACGCAUGGAUCAACGCUUCUCAGGCUUCCGGUGUUCCUAUCGUCUUCAUGAACAUUCAAACCGAAUCCCUACUCACCAAGAUAUCGGGAGAUACAGCUUCUUCUACGGUGAGUGCUGGAUCGCUUGCUGACCUGUCGAACCUUGCAAACACGAGCAUCUACGGUUUUGAGGACUACCACGGCGUGGACAUUGGCGUUGUGAGAGGCGUUCGUCUAUGGUUCUCCGCUCUCGCGGGGGAGAUUCCAGUUGAGAUCAAAAUCAACGACACCGACACCAAGCUCGGAUUCACCAUCAGCAGAACCGAAGAGGGGUUCAUAUACAUAUCGUCUGUGGUCGAAGCAGACAACCCUUCGGAGCGAUCGGGAUUGAACAAUCUCUACAAACAAGCAUCGCAAGCAUCAAGAUUGCUCGUGGUUUCAAGAAUAUCGAACCGAAAGGUGCUCCCGUGGAUGGUUUCUCCCGCGGGCGCAAUCCGGUGCUUCGACACCGUUUCUCUCAGCCAAAAACUGUCGCUCCACCGCCACGCCAGGAUGGCAAUCAUAGUGCACGUCUUCUUGUGGGACCGGAGGGUGAACUACGCUAACGUGGGCAGCAUCCGGGCCCGGGCCAUGUCAACGUCAACGUCAACGUCAAGCCCGCCUAAUUUGGAACGGCCCGCUAAUCAGAGUCAGGUGGUGCCGCUGGAAGUUGACGACCAAGAGGAUUUGGAAGAUGACUAUGAGAUCGAAGUUAGCGACGAGCCGGAUAUUACGCUUGAACGGAAUAAUGCCGGCGAGUUUUCGUUCCGUUUGCGCGAUUUCGGUCUUACGGAUAAUGGUGUGUGAAAAUGUGACUUAUUAUUAUUACUUUUUUUUUUUUUUUGUGUGUUAAUUGUUGGUUUUUGUUUUGGGGGUUUAAUUUGAAUUUGGAUGUGUAUAUAUAUAUAAAUGAUGCUAUAUAUGCACUUGUGAUAGUUGUUCAUAUAGUUGAUUCAAAAUCCAGGUGUAUUAUUGGCAUGGCUUGUGCCUGAAUUCUGUUACACUCAAUAAAUAACUUAUAUUAGAGAAUUAAGUUGGUAUCUAUCUUCAUUAUUAUGGG